AUGGCUUUCUCGAUCUCUGCCAAGGUUUCCGCGUUCACUGGCGCCAAGGUGAACGCGACGCGCGCGCAGAAGGCGCGCCGCGCGAACGUCGCCGUCAAGGCGCAAGGCACGGACUAUGGUCUCGGCUUGCAAAUGUCCACGACGGCGGACAAGAAUAUCGACCCGAACGGUCGCGCGAAGGUGCCGCUCGAGAUGGAAAAGAUGGAACUUCCGUUGAACACGUACAAGAACAAGGAACCGUUCGUGGGAACGAUUCGAUCCGUCGAGCGCAUCGUCGGCCCGAACGCGACUGGUGAGACGUGCCACAUCAUCAUCGAGCACGGUGGCAAGAUGCCGUUCUGGGAAGGUCAAUCCUACGGCGUCAUCCCGCCGGGUACCAAGGUGAACUCUAAGGGUAAGGAAGUGCCGCAUGGCGUGCGCCUCUACUCCAUCGCGUCCUCCCGCUACGGUGACUCGUACGAUGGCCUGACGGCGACGCUUUGCGUCCGCCGCGCCACGUACUGGGACCCGGAAAUGAAUGCCGAAGAUCCGGCGAAGAAGGGUAUCUGCUCCAACUUCUUGUGCGACGCCAAGCCGGGCCAAGAAGUCAUGAUGACUGGCCCGACUGGUCAGGUCAUGCUUUUGCCGAAGGACCCGGCGACGCCGGUUAUCAUGGUCGCCACCGGUACCGGUAUCGCCCCGAUGCGUUCUUACCUCCGUCGAUUCUUCCUCGAAGACAUCCCGAGCUGGGAGUUCAAGGGCCUCGCGUGGUUGUUCAUGGGUGUCGCCAACUCCGAUGCCAAGUUGUACGAUGACGAAUUCCAAGAGAUGGUGAAGCGCUUCCCGGACCAAUUCCGCAUCGACUACGCUCUCUCUCGUGAAGACACCAACAAGAACGGCGGUAAGAUGUACAUCCAAGACAAGGUCGAGGAGUACAAGGACCAAGUCUUCCAACUCCUCGACGGCGGCGCCCACAUGUACUUCUGCGGUCUCAAGGGAAUGAUGCCGGGCAUCUUGAGCAUGUUGGAAGGCGUUUGCAAGGAGAAGGGCAUCAGCUACGAAGAGUGGCUCGAGGGCCUCAAGAAGAACGGCCAAUGGCACGUCGAAGUUUACUAA